AUGGUUGGCACUGGCACCGAGCUUGCCAACCAGGCUGCUGAGCUGGCAGCAGACGGGCAGUUUGAAGCAGCAGCUGCGGCGUUUGAGCAGGCGCUGCGGCUGCAACCUGGCGACGCUGCGCAGCACGAAAUGCUGGCACAGUGCAGAAUGGAGGCGGGGCAGGACGAGGCAGCGUACGAGGCGGGCGCGGCUGCCGUGAGGCUGCGCCCUGACUGGCCUGUGGCCCUGCUGACUCUCGCCAGGGCGGCCCGGAACUCGGGCAGGCUGAAGGAGGCAGGUGCAGCUUACAACCGCUGCCUGCAGGCUGCUGCCGCGGCAGCAGGAGCAGCAGCAGGAGCAGCAGGAGAGGAGAACGAGGAUGUGGCGGCGGCUGCGCGGCAGGAGCUCGGCGAGGUGCGCCAGCUGCUGCAGCUGCAGCUGGGGCACCAGCUGGGCCUGCCUGGCCUGCGCCUGCUGGAGCAGCACGGCACGGAGGCGGGGCCCAGCGGCGUGGUGUGGGAGGCAGGCGCCCUGCUUGCCUGGUUCCUAGUGCAGCAGCAGCAGCAGCAGCAGCAGGCUGGAGGCGGCGCAGCUGGCCCGGGCAGCUGCAGCGGCUGCAGCAGCGGCCCGCCAGGGGAGCCGAACCGCUGCGGCGCCGCAGCCGCCCCUGCCCCGCCCAGCACCCACUGUGGCGCCAUGAUGCGUGGCAGCCGCGUGCUGGAGCUGGGUGCUGGCGGCACGGGCAUUGUGGGGCUGGCAGCGGCCUGCCUGGGGGCUGCUGUCACAGCCACCGACCUGCCCGAGGUGCUGCCUCAGCUGCAGGCCAGCGCCGCGCUCAACCGCGCCAUGGUGGGUGCAGCGGGCGGCAGCCUGACCGUCGCGACCCUCGACUGGCGCCAUCCAGACGCGGCGCUGCUGUGCCCCCAGCCCCCGGCGCUGCAGUACGAUUGGCUGCUGGGUGCUGACCUGGUGUUCAGCCCUGCGGCGGUGGACCCCUUGGCUGCCACUGUGGCUGCGGCGGUCCGGCACGCCGCGGCGGUGGCUGGCGGCGGCACCGGCAGCGACGGCACCCAUGGCGGCACCUCCCUCAAGGUGCUCGUCUGCCACAAGCAGCGCCACGAGGAGGUGGACACGGCGCUGCUGGCGACGCUCAAGGCGGCCGGGGUGGCGCUGCGCGUUGUGCUGCGAGACGCGGGGUCGCGGUGCACCGUGCUUGCCAACGACGUCGCCUGCGUGGCGCUGCACUCCCUGUAG